UUUUAAAACAACUCAACAAAGAAACGCGAGAUAUGAUCAAAACUUAAAGUACUCUACUAUAUUUAUAUAUAGUUAGGAUAGGUUAUAUAUAUAUAUAUUUGACUAGUUUAAGCUUAUAACCGUUAUUGAUUCGCAACACUGACUGACUAGUUAUAUUUACCUCUCUAUCAAUACUUAAGACGAUUAGACCCAACUAGCUCCUAGUAGUUAGAACAGUAUGUGUAACGCCAGCUGACAACACGGACGUACUGAUGGUUGAGCGGAGGAAUAACUUGGAAUGGAACAGCUCACCUUGAGUAAAAGUUGUUCGUUGUUUGUGAUAAACCGGAGGAAUGCCCUCUGGUUAUCGAGCCUUCGUCAUGUCAGUGAAUUGGACAUUACCGACUUAUAAUAUCGAAUCUCAUGGGAACAGUGACUCGCCCCAGCAACCCCCUAACAUUACCAACACAGGGGCAGCCAGUACGGAAGUGUAUAAUUUACCCGAAAAAGUCGUUAUUGGUACUGUUUUAGCUUGUAUUAUAUUUAUUUCUAUAUCAGGAAAUAUCCUCGUCUGUGUCGCCGUUUUUACCGACAGAAAACUUAAAAGAAAUUCUAAUUUAUUUAUAGUUUCGUUAGCCAUCGCUGAUCUCCUUGUAGCCGUUUUAGUAAUGACGUUCGCUCUUGCUAACGAUAUACAAGGGACUUGGGAAUUCGGUGCCGUCUUCUGUAAAGUUUGGAUUUCCGCGGAUAUUAUGUGUUCCACGGCAUCGAUUCUCAAUCUAUGUGCCAUAAGUUUAGAUAGAUUUAUUCACAUUAAGGACCCGUUACGAUACGAAAGUUACAUGACGGGACGGAGAACUAUGUGUUUUAUAUCGGUGGUAUGGUGUUUAUCUUUACUCAUAUCCUUUGUCCCCAUCCAUCUGGGCUGGCAUCAGGAUCCUGGUGACGGGGUUGGCCCCAACAGUAACGAAGACAUGUGUAUAUUCGAAUUAAAUCCUAUUUAUGCAAUCGUAUCCUCUGCGAUUAGUUUCUAUAUACCCUGCAUAGUUAUGCUAUCUAUCUAUUGCCGACUUUAUCUUUAUGCACGCAAACAUGUGGAAAGUAUGAAACGGACCACUACUACCGCUGAUCGCUUUAACGGUGGAUCCGACAAGAAGGUGUCGUCAAAAGUGUCUGACCAUAAAGCCGCCGUUACACUAGGAAUAAUAAUGGGUGUGUUUUUGUUUUGUUGGUUGCCGUUUUUUACGGUUAAUCUUAUAGCUGCGUUUUGUGCUACGUGUAUUGCGCCUGUCGUUUUUAAAAUCCUGACCUGGUUAGGGUAUGUGAACUCGUCUCUCAAUCCCAUCAUUUACAGCAUAUUUAACCAAGAAUUCCGAGAAGCAUUUCGUAAAAUUCUUUUCCCUAAAUGUGUUCUGGAGGAUCAUACUAGUGCAUCAUACAGUCUUCGACCUCCCGUUAAAAAGAUCAACAAAGCCGAAUACGCACCGCCUCUGGUGGAAAAUGGGGCUAACCACAGGAGAAGCAGUCGGGAGCGAUUAUUUACGGAAAAGAUAACAUCAUUGUGAAUCUUACAAGGAUGGAUACGAUUUAAACAGUAUCAAUGUUGAUCUUGUUGGUGGUACAGUAGUAACCACAGAAGAAUGACAUCUGUAUCAUCGCAUCUAAUUAUUACACGAGAAUGGUUAUCCACAGUGUCAACUGUAUGCACCGAAGUCCUCGACACUGAAAUAAAGUGGAAGGUCGAUGAUUGAUAACAGUGAUUUCACAAAAUGUUAGUAAUUGCAUGUGGCUGUUUUAUUGACGAUCUCGAUCAGUAAAAACCCAA